AUGACUUUAUCAGUGAAGCAAGUGCAACAGUUGGUUUGCCAUUCAACACCUAUGCGGGGUGACAAACGAGAAUUAACACAAAAAUCACUGUUCGACAGGGUUGAGGCCAAUUUUCAAAGUGAAUUGCAUUGGGGGAUUAUUGUGGCAGUUUUUUUGUUGCGAUAUAUUUUCAUGUUGCAUCUCGCGGCUUGCAUUUUGAACAUCAAUUGUAUGCUGAACAAUAUCACGAGGCAAAUUUCGCAAAAAGUAAAACAAGCACAUGAAAUAGCGACAAACAAACGCUUUGCCCCAACCCAUUUUCUCACUUACCGUGAAGUGUCAAUGCAUUUGGUAAUAAAGCUUUUCCGAAGUGCUCAUGACUUCAUCAUGUCAAGUGCAUCAUUAAGUAGAAGUUCUUUGUCAACAAUAAUUGAAUUUUGUUCUGAUUAA